CAUUGGCUGGACAUCGGUCCGGUGCGCUUAGUGACGGGACAACCGCGGUUUUCCAACAAGAUGCUGUGCCGCGGUAUUGUCCUGUUCUGUGUCAUGUUCACAAUAGCCUCAGCCGACACCUUCGCGAGUUUUCAGUUCCUCGGGAAGAUGUACGAGAAGUGCGAGGGGUCUGAGGAGAUCUUUAAAUGUCUGAAGAUCCAGGCGGCGAGGGUCGCUGACCGCGCGGCCAGGAUGGAGACCCUGCCGAUACUUGACGGAGUAACCAUGGUGAAACGGUCUGACGUGGGAAGGUCCUUCCCAUCGGUGCUGCCUGAAGGAGAUUUGAAUUCAUUACCAUCAGAACAGGUGGAUAAACUAUUACAAUUAGCAACAACGAAGCUGACGCAGACUCACCGCGUGGUUAUCACUCCAUCAUCACUAGGCGAGGACGUGGGAAGAUCAAUUAACGAAGCCAGGAGCAAGCUGAAAAAAAUGAUCGGGCCGAUAAUUGCCGGUCUCGCGUUGAAAGGUGGUUUCCUCGCCAUAGCUUUCCAGGCCAUCGCCCUCAUUGCUGGAAAGGCUUUACUGAUCGGUAAGAUAGCACUGCUAUUAUCAGCAAUUAUUGGCUUAAAGAAAUUGGUGUCCAGUGGUGAAUCACACGAGAAAACUACGUACGAAAUCGUGAAGCAUCCGCAGGUGUCCCAGAGUCACACAUAUUCUUCUUCCCACUACGGGGGCGAGUUCGACACGACAGGACCUGGAGGCCACUACAGGAGGAGUGUAGAAGACGAAGCCGCUGCGCAGGACCGAGCCUACAGAGCCUACGCUAAGAAGCAGUAGGUUGGAAAUCUCUAGACUUACGACUCCAAUUACAAAUACAACGACACGGCAUACUCACGCGCACGAUGCAACCACCAAAACGUUCUAUGUUUUGGCAUAUUUGCGAUAGCAUAAACAUAUAGCCAAAAAUACAUACACGACACUAGUUACAACAUUAAGAUUAUUAAUCAUUAGAACAUAAAUUAUUUGUUAAAAUAUUUAUUACAUUGUUAAUGUGAAUAUAAGUAAUGUAUUGGUGUAUCUUAGAUAAAUGUUAUGUAAUCAAUCGCACCAAAUAAUUAUGAGUAGUUGGUAAACAAAUAAUUUAUUACAAUAAUUUAUUUAUUUCGUAAUGACUAAUUAUGUACUAUUUAUUUAAUUUAAUCAAUUAGGCUAGUCGACGGGUAUUGUGCAUUUUCGUUUUUCGAAACGUUUGUUUGUCCAGUUUUGUAAAAAUAGCCCUUAAGCGUUAUUUAUUCAUAUUAUUACUUGCAUGUAUGGUGCUGUUUAGGUUAAGUAGGUAAAGUUAUAUGUUUUCUACAAUUCUUUGUUGGACAUCUUCAAGGUGGUUACGCGAGUACCUUUUAUUUAUUAUAAUUUAAGAAAUAUUAAAUAAAUAAUAAUCGUGUACCGAAUGUAACCAUAUUAUUAGUGUAAUGUUAAUUGUAAUAGAUGAUGAUGACAAUUAUGAUGAUGAUCCUGUGUUAAGAUCUACAAAUAAAG